UCCCCUCCACCUGACACCCGUGCCCUCACAGCUCGCUCCGGUGUCUCCGAGCGCACCUUCAUAGCCAUCAAACCGGACGGCGUCCAGCGGCACCUGGUGGGUGAGAUCGUGCGGCGCUUCGAGAGGAAGGGCUUCAAGCUGGUGGGGCUGAAGCUGCUGCAGGCUUCGGAGGAGCUGCUGAAGGAGCACUACAUCGACCUGCGGGACCGGCCCUUCUACGGCCGCCUGGUGAAGUACAUGAGCUCGGGGCCAGUGGUGGCCAUGGUGUGGCAGGGUCUGGAUGUGGUCAGGAUGGCACGCACGAUGAUUGGAGAGACCAACCCGGCUGAGUCCAAGCCUGGCACCAUCCGAGGAGACUUCUGCAUUGAAGUUGGCAAGAAUGUGAUUCAUGGCAGUGACUCAGUUGAAAGUGCCCAGAAGGAGAUCUCCCUCUGGUUCCACCCAGAGGAGCUGAUGUGCUGGGAGGAUGCAGCUGAACGAUGGAUCUAUGAGUGAUGAGACAGCCUGAGGGAAGUACAUCUUCCUAACUCGGGCACGGGGCAUUUUCAUUAGUUCCAUUUUGGCCCCUCAGGCUGGCUGUGGAUUCUGCUGUGGUAUCACAUGCUGGGAGUUUCUCUUUCGUGUGUCUGUGGAGGGGUCCUGGGAGCUGGUCUUUAUGUUUGUAACUCAGCAGUUCAGCUCCCUGCAAUAGUAGCUUUUUUUUUUUACCCUCCAUCUCCUGUAGUAAGUAGUUAAAAGUUGCUGCUCAGUUUGCUGCAGCAUCCCAAAGUC